AUGAAGCCAUCAUACACGAUCAAGGACUCGCCAGGCAAGGGCAAAGGUGUCUUCGCCUCCAAGGCCAUCGAUCCCGGUGCCACGAUCAUAAAGGAUCCCGUCGCCAUCAAGAUCAACAAGGAUCCGCCAUCCAUUGACGAGACAGACGUAGACAAGGCGUUUGGUCUGCUGAGCAAGGCCGAUCAAGAUCGCUUCAUGGCACUUCACGAGGGAAGUCGUCCAUAUCCCUCACGCACUUUUCGCAUCUACAAGGCCAACGCUUUCGGUUCGAAAGGCGUGGGUCGCCUCUACCUCGACGUCUCCUUGAUCAACCACUCCUGUGUCGCCAACGCUGAAGUUAUGGAGCAAGACAAUGGAGUGGAUGUUCUAGCCGUGAAGCCUAUUGCCAAAGGAGAAGAGGUCUUCAUCACAUACAACCUCACUUUCACCAAGAUGAUCAAGAAGCAUCGCCAGAUCUGUACUCGAGUGUACUAUGGCUUCGAAUGCGACUGUUCAGCGUGCCGCCUUCCGCCCCGGAAACAAGCACUGAGUGACUCUAGACGGCAGAUCCUCAACGUGAUGACGUCCAAUCUCGACGACAUGCAGCCUGUCGACUUUCGCUUUAUCGAUUUCCUGGGAACGCUCAGCCCGAAACAAGCAGAGGAUCCAAGGAUGCUGCGAGGUAUGCAGCAAUUCCCGCUCCAGAAGCCGUUGAGCGCUCAGCAGAAGGCCGCGUACUCGUUCCUGGUUGCUAGGUUUCUAGAAGCAGAGGGCUUGUCCUGA